CUUCAGUACAUUCCUGCGCUUCGUUUGAAGAUCCACGUCUCUACGCGUCCCAAUGAAGGUCAAAAGUAAUAAGCCUCUUACGGCUUCAAUUUGCAGGAAAAAAUGUUCGAAAUUAAAAAGGCGUGAUAAAACUGAGCGACUUAAGAAAUUGCUCCAAUCCAAGGCAGAACUUUCUAAGAAUCAGAAUGAAACCAUCCAGACCAAGUCACAUGAUGCGUCUGACCCUGUUUCAGUGGAUGAAUUGGGAAUUUCUCUGAAUACAUCAGGUCCACGUGAUCAACUACUGGAAACGGCUGUAAGUAGAAGUGAGCCUAAUGAAGAACUAAAUUUGGACGAUACAAUGACAAAGAAUUCUUCUGGGCAUAUUAAAUUGGUAGAUUCAAAGUGCACUGAAAAGCUAACAAAGUCCCAAAGAAAACGACAUAAAAAGCAAGAAAUGUUGAAACUGAGGAAAGCUGCCAAAGCAUCCGUUCCUAAACCAGAACCAAAGGAACCCCGUACUUCAUCAAGUGUCGUACUUCCAGAACGUAAAGCUUAUGUAUCAUCUUUGGAUACAGAUGAAAAACUCUUAGAUGCUAUUCGGAAUCGAUUAGUUGAAAUGUACCAACACACUCUAACUAUACGUCCGUUGCCAAGAAAUUGUCCUGUAAGUCUGAUUAAGGAUCUUUUCCCGUCAUCAGUCAAUGUUCGUAUCCCGCAAAAAUGCAAUUCUCGAUUUGGUUUUGUGAAAUUUCGAAAUCACGAUGAACUGGUUGCAGCUCAAAAAUCUGUUUCUGGUAAACUGUUGAACGGUAAACAAAUUAAAAUUGAAAUUUGCUCACUAAACGGACCUGAUAAUGUUGAUAAAAGUAAAUGGACUGAACCCCUACAAAGAAAAUUGUCAGAUUUCGAUAUGCGUUCUCUUCAUGUCCUUCAUUUGCCUCGGGCGACGACUCGUUUUGACUUGGCUCAAGUAUUUCCGAAAGCUGUAGGUAUUCGUAUGCCAACAUAUGAUGAUGGAUCGUGUCGAGGGUAUUGCACUCUAACCUACCACUCACGUCAUAUUGCAUUAAAAGAUUUUGAAUUAAGACACGGAACAUUUAUUCACGGAGAAUCUAUCUAUGUUAUGUUCCUACUUAAAAAUCUAAAGAAAAUCUCAAUGAGAAAUGCAAAACGUCAUACCUCUGAUGUUUACCAGAUGGAUGUAGACAGUACUUCAGUACCUCAUAAAGAAAAAUGUGCCAAGGCAAUAGUUGAUCAUCCCAUACCUAUGUAUAUUGAUUCAUUCGAUCCUGAGUUUAAAUUGCUAAAUCGCCAGCAACAUCUGGUAAACCAGUGAAAAAGAAGUCCAAAGUUGCAACAGUUCAGCGUGACAUUCCAGAUCCUCUAAUAAAUAAAAAAUACCAGUUGAAGGAAAAGAGUGUCAAGCGAAAGUCAUCAUCUACUAGUAUCUUUGAUUCUUUAUUUCAGUCUUCAACUGGAGCAAAUGACAGGAAGCAAAAGAAAAAGACCAAGUCUAAUAUAAGAAAUGGCAGAAAGUUCAAAAAAUAACAUUUGAAGAAAGUUUUUGUUGUAAAUUAUUGACAGAACUAAAGGUGAAUUUUAAUUGCUUUACGUGGAACAGUGAACAAUAAUACACUACAUAUUGUGGUUUCAGUUCAGUAAUGUUAAAUAACGCAAUUAUCAACGAAUAUAAGCUAAUCUGACUACGGGUACAAUUCGCUCAUUCAUUAGAUAGAAGACCUUCUACCUGGACGGUCUUCAAAUAUUACAGUAUCGUCAGUGUCAUGUCUUUUUAGCUGUCACCACUAUAUAUCCUCUGAUUAGUAAAAUACUUGAUUAGCGUUGAGAAGCAAAAUAUAAUCUUGUCCAAAGUAUUCCGAUCAUAUCACUAUUUGGUUUCAUAUGCUCUCCGUGUUAAUAGAUUUCAUAUUGUCUGAUAUUCCCCACUAAUCAUAAUCGCUACAAUGCCAAAUGUACCGAAACGAUCUAAGCUCUUAAUUGAU